UUGUAUUGAAACUUUCUGCGAAGAUAGUUUAAAAAUAAAUCAUGGGGGAAAAAACCGAACACCAAAUAAGUGAUGCAAAUAUGAGUAGUUCUGAAGUUACUUUUGAUAAUUUGACUAUAUUAAAAGAGUUCAGUAACAUUGCAAACCUUGUAAGAAAUGAAGACUUUUUAGAAACAGUACCAAAAGCUAAAUUAAGGAGAGUAAAAUGGGUUCCAAUGUUUAAUUGUUUAAAACAAGGGAUUUUUGAUGAAAUGGUUCAGGAAAUAAGUUCCAUGUGGGAGUUUGAAAAUAUGGCUGAAAAGCUAGAAAUUUUGGAAAAACAAAGGGAAAAAUUUGCAGAAAUUAAUCCUGAAAAUACAGUGUGGAGACCAAAAUAUAACGACGUUAAAAAUCAACUUAGAGCUUCAGAUGCUGCCAAUUUAAGAAAACAGAAGGCAUUAUUGGAAUCAUUAGCUAAAGAAUACGAGGCAAGAGCUAGUAGACUCAAGAAAACUGUUACUGCUAAAAGAGGUUAUUUGAAGGCAUUACAGAUGGACAUUCAAAAAUAUCAGAAGAAAAACGAGGAAAUCAUUUCUAAUAUUAGUGAAAAAAUGAAAAAUCACGAUAAGUUAGCAGAAUUAAUUUUGCCUAACAAUGCUAAUGUUCAUGAUAUAUGUUGGUCUCAUAAAGAGUUAGAAGUUGAUGAGUAGGAUGAAACAAAUACACUGGAAUGUUGAUUAAAAUUUAUAUUUCAGAAAAUUGUACACAUCAGAAAGUACAACAAAACUAAUAACUAGAUAAUUCAAACUGAAUUUACUCUGAAACUAUCUUUUACAGUAAGAUGAAAAUAGAGAUUAUUAUGUGUUAGUGUUACAGAAAAUCACAAAAUCUAAUCGCAACAUAUAAUUAUGAUUAGCUAAGAGCAUACUUUAAAUUCCGUAAAUGAGCAGCGAUGACUAUCUAAUCAUGGGAAAGCAAUAAGGUUUCUACAUGCUAGAAGUAUGUCAAAGAUGGUUUAAAGUGAAGAAAUAUGAAGAAUUUUUGUAAUUAAAUAACAAUCUUUGUAAUAUACAGAAUCAUUUACCUUUUAAUCAUAAAAUUUUUACAAUACUUUGUAUUCAAAAAUGAAACAAAAAUAAAGCUCUUACUUUAAA